GAGAAUUUCCAGAUCGGUGGAGCUCUGGCCCCAACGGGCUAACGCGCACCGACAUGAAUGGCGUGCUGUCCGCAAACGCAUGGAACACACCGCAAAAAGGCUUCAUUCUCGUGCCGUCCUAUAGCGCAUACAUCGCACCACAAGGACAGCAACAACGCCGAUGACCGAAACAGGAGCAGUAGAAUACCAGCCACGAGGGAAUGACAGCUGCUGAUACCUCACUGCACGAGCUGGUUCAUCAGCACUGUUGCUACCGAUACACACCCACUAGCAUCGCAUCCAUCACUCAACUCACCAACGCCCUCUCUAAGUCAGCCAAGCACCCACCACUCAUCGAGCCGUACAUGCAUCCCUCCAUUCACAUGCGUCCGUCCGUCCGUCCGUCACACCUGGUUGUUGAGUAUCCUCUUGAUGGCACUCCGCCUCUUGAUCUGAUAGAAGACGCCCCCAUCAGGGUCCUCGCACUGAUACAGCCGCACCACCCUCCUGUCAGCCAGCCACUUGAGCACCCUUUCCACAUCAGGCUGCACCAGCCGCAUGACGAAUGGCGGCUUGCCGCCACGCCACAGUGAGGGGAAUGAGGGCCGCCGCCUGGUGUACCAUGUGCAGCCCUCCAGAGGGUCAGUAGGGUCAGUCACCGCUACAAACUGACAGAUGGAUGAUACAUCGGUAGACACACAUGCAAACAUCAAGGACGGGCGGAUGGCAGGAGGGAGAGCACCGUCUUGCCUGAUGUGUGGCGGCCUGCUGUUUGGUCCAGCAGACCAGCUGAUUACCUGGUGUUUGAUUUUCCGCUUUGCUCGCGGCCAUGACGGCGUGUCGUACCCACCCCACUCCAGCACCUGCAAUCACACAGAGGAAGAACAUCCCAUCCAUCCAUCUGGCCGACUGAGUGUUCGUGCUGCAUGCUUGUGUGCUUUUCUAUUCUCUCCCACACCUCACUCCCUGACCCUACCUGCACAGGUUUCUUCUGCACCAGCGGAGGAGUGGCGGCAAACACGCCAAGAUGCUUGGCAGCUUCCAUCAUCAGUUCAGCCGCCAGGAGGCACCCCACACACACAGCCAUCCAUCGCAGGCCACUCAACAUCGCCUGGUUCACCCUCUCCACCGGGAGCAUCAUAUGAAACGCCGAAUGCGAGCGCCCUCGCGGCACGAUUGCACGCGGAUGAGCCUUCUACACGGCUUCACGUGUGCCUCCGUUGGUCAAAUUCAC